UCCGUCGCAGUGAACAUUAAUAAAAACCUCGUGAUUCGUUCUGCAACACCAACAGGAGAUAAAUCAUGGGAUAAUUGGAAUGGACAAGUUCAUGUCACUCCAAGUGCCAUUUUUAAACCAACUACACUUAAUGACCUUGUAGACAUUGUAAAAUUAGCAAAGCAAAAUAAUAAAACUAUUCGAUGUGCUGCCCAAGGACAUAGUGUAAGUCAACUAUCUUACACAAAGAACUAUCUGGUGAUAGUUACAGAAUUAACUCAGGUCACUGUACAAAAAAAUCAAAAAUAUGGCUGGACUGUUACUGCUGAAGCGG